AUGUUUGCUGCUGCUUUUUUCCUCUUAUUUUUGAUGACUUAUCAGCCUGGGGUAACCAUACAGGAGAAGGUGAACUGGAGAGUUAGUCGAGCUGUUGAGAGUUUCACCCCGACAGCUGUCUCCUGCCAGCUGGACAACUGGGCAGAGUGGACAGACUGCUUUCCGUGCCAGGACAAAAAGUACAGAUACCGGAGCCUCUUGCAGCCAAACAAGUUUGGGGGAACCAUCUGCAGUGGGAAUGUCUGGGACCAAGCCAGCUGUCACAGUCCCACAGCUUGUCUGAGUCAAGCACAGUGUGGACAGGAUUUCCAGUGUAAGGAGACAGGUCGCUGCCUGAAACGCCACCUGGUGUGUAAUGGAGACCAGGACUGCCUGGAUGGCUCUGAUGAGGAUGACUGUGAAGACUUCAGGAUUCCAGAAAAUGACUGCAGCCAGUAUGACCCAAUUCCAGGAUCAGAGAGGGCGGCCUUGGGGUAUAAUAUCCUGACCCAGGAAGAAACUCAGAAUGUGUAUGAUGCCAGGUACUACGGGGGCCAGUGUGAGACUGUAUACAAUGGGGAAUGGAGGGAGCUUCAGUAUGACCCCACCUGUGAGCGUCUCUACUAUGGAGAUGAUGAUAAAUACUUCCGGAAACCCUACAAUUUCCUGAAAUAUCACUUUGAAGCCCUGGCAGAUACUAAAUUCUCUUCAGAGAAAUAUAAUGACGCAAAUGAUCUUCUUACUAAAGUGAAAAAUGACAAUUCUGUGUCAAAAGGAUUGACCGUUGGUGUGAGCUCUACAGGCGACCCAGUCAUGGUGACUACAGGUGUAUCCACGUCACAAGAUGCUUCCUUCUUAAAAAAGUUAAGCAAGUAUAAUGAGAAGAAAUACAUCUUUAUGAGAAUUUUCACAAAGGUGCAGACUGCUCAUUUUAAGAUGAGGAGGGAAAACAUCAUGCUGGAUGAAGGUAUGCAGCAGUCACUAAUGGAGCUUCCAGAGCAAUACCACUAUGGCAUGUAUGCCAAGUUCAUCAAUGACUAUGGCACCCAUUACAUAACGUCUGGAUCGAUGGGUGGUGUCUAUGAGUAUAUCCUCGUGCUUAACAGAGAAAAAAUGGAAACAGCUGGUAUUACCAGCACUGAAAUCAAGAGAUGCUUUGGAGUCUCUUUGGGCAUUGAGUAUUCAGAGAAGAUACAAACUAGAGGAAGUUUAUCAUUAGGACCCUGUGAAAAAUCUGGAGAUGGCAAACUAACUAAGGACCAGAAGGCCAUGGGAAUGGAAGACUUCAUUUCUCGGGUGCGCGGUGGCAGCUCUGGCUGGGGAGGUGGCUUGACCCAAGACAGCAGCAUCAUUACGUACCGUUCCUGGGGGAGGUCAUUAAAGUAUAAUCCUGCUGUUAUUGAUUUUGAGAUAAGGCCGAUCCAUGAGAUACUGCGGCACACGAACCUGGGGUCCCUGGAGACCAAGCGCCAGAACCUGAGGCGGGCCCUGGACCAGUACCUGAUGGAAUUCAACGCCUGCCGCUGUGGGCCCUGCUUCAAUAAUGGGGAGCCCAUCCUUGAGGGGACCAGCUGCAAGUGUCUGUGCCCCGUGGGUCACCAGGGCCUUGCCUGUGAGCAAAUGCAGUCAGAGGGAGCGAAGGCGGAUGGUCGGUGGAGCUGCUGGAGCUCCUGGUCGGCUUGCAGAUCGGGCACCCAGGAGAGGAGGAGAGAGUGUAACAAUCCCGCACCCCAGAACGGAGGUGCCUCAUGUCCAGGCCACAGGGUGCAGACCCAGGCAUGCUGA